CUCAGCGGAUCUCUGUGGUGUGUAGUGACGUCAUGGAGCAAAUACUGAUGUGUAAUGUCAGCCACCCUUAUCUGAGGAGAAGAGUCAAGGCCGUUAUCCAGAUCAUGUUCAGCAUCGCUUCCAACAUGUCCUGGGCCGACCACAUUCUCCUGGCCAUCAAUGUGACAAGUGACGGAAAUAUAACCUCCAGCAGCACAGAACAUGAGGUGCCCGUUCUCUACCCAAUCCACAUCAUCAGCCGAGUGGAAAACUCAACAAAACACGUCCCAAUCACCAAAACGGACAUGAGCGCAAAAGCCACUCACAGAUAUAAGAUUCAGAACUUAGGCCUCUAUGAUGUCCCCAUAAACCUCAGUGUUUCUGUGUCUUCGUAUGAGGCGUGGAUUGAAGGUGUGAGCUGGGACUUUAUUAUCUCUUCCUCUCAGAACUCUAACGUUAGAUGCCUUGAACUCAACGACUCUUCUGCCAUUCUUAGUGAAAGAAUGGAAACCAUGAGGAACAAGACGUGGCAAUGUAGAAUGGAGGAAUCUGGUGAAAUGUCCAUAAAUAUCAGUGGAUUGGUGAAGCCAAGGAACGCAUGGAAGGUCCAUGGUUUGGUGACCGUGCGCAGUGAAGUGAUGAUCCGGUACAAUCAGCUCAAAUAUCACAGUGACGGGAAAUAUCAUACAGCGCAGGUGGUGACACAAGUAGAGCUCCUGGUGAUCCCAGAACACAGGGCCUACAUUGCGGUGGGGACGGGUGUCGGGGUGAUUCUGAUGAUAGUCAUCUCCAUCCUGCUGUAUAUGUGCGGUUUCUUCCGGAGAUACAAGGACCGAAUGAUGGAGGAGGCUGCAUCAUGUGACCCCCAACAGCAAACAGAGGGAAAGGACCCUGACGCAGCUGCACAACUUAUGGGGCCCCCGGAGACACAAACAUCCAAGAGUCUAUAAGAAGGACCCAAAAAAUAGAGACAGAUCCUAGAUCAGGAAGGUGCCACCUCCAUCCAGGCCCCCCUACCAGAAUGGGACCCCAAAGAGCCACCAGGAGCCCUUUCUAUCAUGUGAUCUGACCCCCACCCCCAGGAGCCCCUACAUGUGAUCUGUUGCCCCCUUCAGUAUUUACAGUUAUAAGAGAUAAGUGGCAUUUGCAUCCCAUUGUCGGUCCCUGGAGCCCCCGGAAUAUUUAUAAGUGCAGCCAUCAGCCUCCGGAGCAGAACUCCCCCCACGGUUUUGCCUUCAUACUUGGACAUUAUAGCUUAUAUUUAGUUUUUUUUACAUUUAUUUUUUUUUUGAGUUUUGUCUUGGAAUAUAAAAAUCAACUAUAAAAAGCCACAAA